CUCAGGGAUUUGCUUACGCGAGUACCUCUUAGUUCAACAGAGAUCAAAAUGAAUUCUACCUUUUUAGUUUUCACGGUUGUGUGUUUGAUAUUUCUCGUUCGAUGCAAUCGCUUACCGCAGCUUCUGUAUGAUGAGCAAUCAAAGCCUGGUGACCACAAUGAAGAACCGGGCGUUCAGUACGCCGCAGUGAAGGAAAUUGACACAAGUUAUCUACGUCAGUUCCGUAAACGUCCUGCGAACGUCGUUCAGUACCAGAUCAGCCUGGAUAACGAGACUUUUACAAUCACGUUACGUCCUAACAAAAACAUUUUCACUCCAGGAUGUCUUAUCCAUAACUAUUUACCCGGCGGUAAAAAAGACCUGUAUCCAUGCUCACGACAGAGCGUAGAUUGCUACUACAUUGGUCAUAGCGAUGUACACGACGAAUCUUGGGUAGCAGCUAAUGUUUGUAACGGUCUGGUGAGUGUUUGAUUUACAUUUUGACAAUAAUACACAAAAUACAUCUUUGGGUAUUAAAUAUGAAAAAAAAAGAAAAAGAAAACAACAACAAAAAAAAAAAACAACAAAAAAAAAAAACAGCGAUGUAGAGGAAGAUAUUUGUUGCAAACCGUCUGUUUUAACGCCGUUUUUAAAUCGUUAGCGGUCUUAUAUUGACCAGGUUAUGAAGGCAAUAUGAAAUAUAGUGUAGAUAUAUUUUUUAAAAUCCUUUUCCAAGUGUAAAUGUCAAAUUGUUUGUUGUUAACGUCGUUCUUAUAUUUCAAUUAUGUACCAGCGGACAGUUUUCAUUACCAGCAUUCCUGUAUCUUAAUAUCAGUAAUAAAUUGUCCUCCGCAAUAAC